GUCUACUUGUGUAAAGGUUUGCAGCCAUAAAUACAAGGUUUACUUGAGCUGCAUCCCUCCUUUUCUCCCCUCGCACCUUUACUUCUCUCUUCCUUUUCCACCAACACCACCAUCCAUCUUACCACCGCUCAUCACCUUCGACAGCCCCUCGCAAAUCGCUUUCUUUCUUGUACUCCUUCGCUAACCAUCACAUCUGAAACUUGUACCUGGCUGCUUUCCUCCUCCCCCUGGUUCUCUGCUUGGGUGCUUUCCCUUCUGAUUCAAAAGGCCAUGUCCUCUGCAGCCGCAGCCAGGGUCCCUGUCAAAUCGAGGCCCAUGAAGCCGAAGCCAGAGCCAGAGCCUCGCAUCAAGAUCCUAAAAGACGGAACCGUCAAUGCCAUCGCAGAUCUCAUCACAGCAGGGAAUGCCAAAAACAUCAUCGUCAUGACCGGUGCUGGAAUUUCGACUGCCGCCGGCAUCAAGGAUUUCAGAUCACCGGGAACCGGUCUAUACGACGAUCUCGAAAAAUAUAACCUGCCAUUCCCGGAGGCAGUUUUUGAUCUCACUUUCUUCAAGGAAACGCCUCUUCCAUUCUAUCGCCUCGCCAAACACCUGUACCCUGGCCGGUUUCGACCGACAUUGACCCAUUAUCUGCUGCCGCUUCUUGCAAAGAAGAACCUGCUCCUGAGAUCCUAUACCCAGAACAUUGACUCAUUAGAGCGGCUUGCAGGACUGGAUGAGGGCCUGCUGGUGGAGGCGCAUGGGUCGUUCGCGUCUUCAAAGUGUGUACAGUGUGAGAUGACGACUGAUCCUGUAUGGGUCAAAAGACAUAUCAUGGCUGGCGAUAUCCCUUACUGCAAGCGUUGCUCUGGAUUGGUCAAGCCAAGCAUAACAUUCUUUGGAGAGAAUGUGCCGUUGCGCUUCUCAGCUAUGGCCGAAACUGACUUUGAGAAGUGCGACCUCUUAAUUGUAUUGGGGACGUCACUGAAAGUCGAGCCAUUUAACAAGCUCAUAUCAAAGGUUUCUCCGAAAUGUCCACGGCUACUGAUCAACCGCGAGAUAGCCGGACAGGAAUUGCACUCAGGGUUCGAUUUCGACGACAAAUUGAAAUAUACUGUGCAGCGCGAUGCCUUAUUUCUUGGAAACUGUGACGACGGCGUCAAGAAGUUGGCUGCACUCUGUGGUUGGGAGGAUGAACUUCAGGCGAUGUACGAUGUCGGUCAUACACAGCUGGACCUCGACGAAGAAAAAGAGAAACUGGAGCUCGCGAAAGCAAAGCAGGACGAUGAAGACGACGAAUCGGAAAACGAGGAUUUGGAUCCGGAGGACGACACGGACAGGAAAGCUACCAACGAAGUACUGGAUUCAACGGACAACCUCGAUGAAAUUACGGAUCGCUUUAAAAAGUCGACAAUUCUUUCUCAGAGCGAGGAAAAUCAGCUAAAUGAAGGUCUCGUUGACUCAAAACUGGAAAAAGCAGACGCCAAUUUUAACAUGCCGCAGAUGACAAUAAAUGGCAAAUCCGAGCACGCUACCCAUAUUCACAAGGAGUCCGCAAGCGAAUCCGCCAAAGCAGGAGGGCCUGAUAGUGAAUCAAGGGAGAAUUCAUCGGUGACGACGAGCAAGGACGCAACCCCUUUAAUCACUCCUAACGAUCGACCCUCGCUUUCUUCAGCGGCAAAAUCAGGAGAAACCCAUCAAGACGCUUUGCAAGCAGAGGCAUCUCAGAUACCCGAUACAGAACCAUUGAUCACUCGCAACAUCCCGUCGAUGACCCCCUCCUCUUCAGAGACAAUCCAAACUUUAGCCCCAGAAUACCCAGAGGCUACCAAUUCGACAACAGUGGCGACAGAGUCUUUGGACCUGAGUGGGCCAAAGGCGGUAACAAAAGAGCUCGCAUCAGGAGAAUCAGAGGAUAAGAAGGAUGGAGCCGAAGCAAUUGCCGACAGGAUCGAUUCUGCAGCGGAUGAUGCAAAACCCGUCAGUGAUUCCGCCCCCUCAUCACCUGCACAAUCCAGGGGCUCGCCGGUUUAUACGCCCAUGGUUCCGCUCACGGAUAUAGGAUCGAGCACAGCCCUGAUGACUUCGUUGGCCUCGCCGAUAUCGAUCUAUACUCCCCUCAGUGUCGCAGCAGCUUCACCGAGCCAUCAACAGCCAUUUCCGACCUGUAUCCCAGUAACGACGGUGUGUCCGAACACAGCAUCAGAGACUGCGGUUAUACAUGGGGCUGGGUGCGACAGCUUUACCGGUAGCACGAAUGGUGGAAUAGACAGUAGCAGUGGCAUGGGCAGCAACGGCAGCGGAGGUCGUGCAGACGGGGCAGGAUCGCUACAGGUGAGGAGGAAGCGACCAAAAGAUUUCGAGAGUGCAGGAAACACAGGAUUAUUGAAGAGCGAGUUCCGGUACUUGCGAGGGCUAAAGAUGGUGCCUCCUCACUACCUGAGCUGUGGACGAGUGACGAAGAGGCGUCGCGUUAUGUAAACUAGUCAUAGUGUAAUAGAGAUACGGGAAAGAAGUAGUAGUAGUAAUGUAUCAUCUUUAAUAGCUGUAAAACGCUUACUUUUAGCCCCUUGAGGCUUUCUGAUUGUUGGACGAGAGUGGAUGAAUGAUUCAUGGGAGUGCACAUGUGGUGGUUCUUGUUUCCUAUCAAGGAAUGCUUUUCAACAAAGUCAUUAAUGUACUGAUGCGAAAGAUUGUUUCCGUGGUAC